AUCACCAUUUUUUUCAGCCCUUUGUCGUCGCCAGUUAUAUAGUGUCAGACAUCAAAAGUGGUUGGGUGACUCAUGAGCUAAGUCUCAGGGGAUAAAGUACUUCUUCACACUUGGGAAAUGGAGACAAUGAACUCUUGAGGGUGUGUGUAGUGAGAGGGUCAGACUUUUUCCAUGGUCCCGAUGCUGGCUCUGUCUAGAUGUUUGCCUGCGUUGAGGUGGACUCUUCCCCUGCGCUGCUCUGUCCUUUCUCUGGCGAGUGAUACCAUGAGCAGCCAGUCCUCAACCACAACCACAACCCAGAUUUUAAAAACCCAGACUGCUCUGUUUCACCAAAGUAGAGCCAAAGCCAGUCCCGGCCCAAACAAGCCCGCUUCAGUGUUUUCCUCCGGGCUGGAGGGGGAGCUGUUUGGGAUGGGGAUGUGGUCGCUGGGUCUGGGUGCUGUCGGAGCAGCCCUAGCUGGGAUCCUCCUGGCCAACACUGAUUUGUGUCUGCCUAAAGCUGCCAAGGCAUCGCUGGAGUACCUUGAAGAUGCUGACCUGCGCUCCACCACAGAUGAUGACAAGGUCAUCAAAGCAAAGGGCCUGUGGGAGAAGAACGGGGCUGUGGUCAUGGCCGUACGACGACCUGGAUGAUUUUUGUGCAGAGAGGAGGCCGCUGAGCUGUCCUCUCUGAAGCCCCAGCUGGAAGAGCUCGGGGUCCCUCUGGUUGCCGUGGUGAAGGAGAACGUUGGCACAGAGAUCCAGGACUUCAGACCGCAUUUCACUGGGGACAUCUAUGUAGAUGAAAAGAAACACUUCUACGGCCCGCUGCAGAGGAAGAUGGGGGGACUGGGGUUCAUUCGCCUUGGAGUGUGGCAGAACUUCAUGCGGGCCUGGAGGUCUGGUUACCAGGGCAACAUGAAUGGCGAGGGCUUCAUCCUGGGGGGAGUGUUUGUCAUCGGGCCAGGAGACCAGGGGAUUCUCCUAGAACACCGUGAGAAGGAGUUUGGCGAUAAGGUGGAUACUGCAGAUGUUUUAGAGGCUGUCAAGAAAAUUGUCCCAGUGAAAUAAGUACUUUUGGCAUUAGACAAAGAGCAGAUACACUGUAUUUAGAUCAAAAGUAGAGUUAAGCAAUACAUUUUAAUUUGACACGGCAAGUUGCAGUCAGACUUUGUCCAUCACUGAAAUAUUGAUAUUGUAAUGACAUUUGCAUCUAUUUGUUUUGUCUUUUGCACAUUAAUUUCCUGCAGGUUACAGAAAUAAAGCUGUGAAAUCCUGGACAGAGCCAGUAAUAUCACACCAUUUGUCUAUAGUAUUCCGAAGUAUUCUAAGUAUUCUGAAACGGGUAUUAAAACCAGGUAGUAAAGGACUUAAAAGUCAGUAUUUUCAGUCAUGUUCAUCGACCAUUAAAUUUAAGGUCACUUGAAAUUUUUCUUCAUAAUUCAGUCUAAAUGCUGGAUUUCACAUGUGAUUAAUAAUUCUAUUAACAUCUGUCAGUGGUACAUUUUUAAUAAUGAUCCUGUGUGUUAUCUUUGUUUGUUUCUCCUGAUCAGGCGCAUAAAUGGGCCUCCAACAUGGCUGACGAGUGUGUGGUCUGUGUGUGUGAUAAUGACAACCUGACUCUAAACUCAUCAUCGAGAGGAGCAGGUUUGAUGCUCAAACACAAACAGGUCUGGCCACCUUUGCCAUGUUGGGGAGUAUUUGUGACUCACAUGUUCCCUUAGUAUAUGUUUGUGUGUGCUUGUGGAAGAGACACUGUGUGGACCUGUACAUGUGAAAAAUAGCUUUAGAAAAUAUAAAUAAUAAAUAAAGAAGAACCUCAUUACCAUA